GGGGUGUGCGGGACGAUGGCCCCGCCUGACGUCGCGCACGGCCCGCCCCUGCGGCCGGCGGAGGGAAGAGCCGCCGCCCAAUCAAGCGCCGCUGGGCCGUGGGUAGGGGCGGGGCCAGCGGUCGGAAUGGCGGCGGCGAUGGCGAACCAGGGGGAGCGGGCGGUGCUGGAAGAAGAAUUUAAAUGGCUUUUACAAGAAGAGGUCCAUGCUGUUUUGAGACAGCUGCAGGAUAUUUUGAAGGAGGCCUCCCACCGUUUUGCCUUGCCCACCAGUGGCUCUGGAGGAGCUUUCAAGCAGGAGAACUUUGUACUAAGCACAUCGAGCACAGACCAGGUGAAAGGUGUGAUGACGCUGCAGGGAGAUGCACUGUGUCAAGCUGAUGUUAAUCUGAAAAUGUCCAGAAACAAUCAGCUCCUGCAUUUUGCAUUCCGGGAAGACAAGCAGUGGAAGCUGCAGCAGAUCCAGGAUGCUAGAAACCAUGUGAAUCAAGCCAUUUACCUGCUUAUGAAUAGAGAUGUGAACUACCAGUUCAAAACAGGCUUGGAGGUGCUCAAGCUUAUGGAUGCUGUGAUGUUGCAACUCUCCAGAGCCCGAAAUCGGCUAACCACUCCUGCCACUCUGACACUACCAGAAAUUGCCUCCAGUGGUCUCACAAAAAUGUUCACCCCUGCGCUGCCUCCAGACAUCCUUGUGAAUUUCUAUAUUAACCUGAACAAGCUGUGCCUCACUGUCUACCAGCUCCAUGUGCUACAGCCCAGCACAACUAAGAACUUCAAGCCUUCUGGAGGGUCUGUUUUGCACAACCCUGGGGCCAUGUUUGAGUUUGGCAGCCAGCGAUAUGAAGUCAGCCAUGUCCAUAAAGUGGAAUGUGUUGUCCCAUGGUUAAAUGAUGCCCUUGUCUUCUUCACAGUUUCACUGCAGCUUUGCCAGCAACUGAAGGACAAGAUCUCCGUUUUCUCCAGUUACUGGAACUACAGGCCAUAUUGAUUCUCUGUGGAAUGGUCUAAGCCUUUACAGUUCUUCCAGUGUCUGUCUCUGUUCUCUCAUGCCAGCUGAGUCCAGGUCAGCCUGAGGAGUACUGUGGUUCACUGCCAGGUGCCCUGCACAGGGCAGGGUCAGUGUACCCAGAGACACAGCUUUAGUAGCCUUGUCUGAGAUUACUGCAUAAACAGGGCACCAAGUAGUGCUGGGUGGUUGACAGGAACUUCCAUUGGUCCCUCUUGUGCAUUGUGUGGCUCACACUUCCCAAUCCCCUGAUGAGUUACACAGGUCUGUUAAAAGGGAUAAAUGCUUUGGAUCAUCCUCACUAACUAGAUCUGUGCAUUGUGCUGUAACUAACUCCUUGACUGUGAAGUGGCUAGGAAGGGGGUAACACAGACUAACUUAACACACCUCCUAAAAAGUAGGGCAUGUUGCUCCAUAUAGUGAAAUACAUUUCUCUUAUCUGGUCCAGCUGUGCAUGUAACUAACCCUGAGUGACUCCGUCCCCUGCCUGUUCUGCCCAUCCCCAUGUUACUGAUUCUCCUUUGGGGAUGUUCUUACUUGCUGCUGUUUGAAUUCUUUCCCCCCUCAUCCAGCAUCAAUGUGAUAAUUAUUUUUUCCUAAGCCCUAGCUGGGCCAAUUGAUCUCUUCCAGGUUUAGUAUCUUGUUUCCACUGCCAGCCUUUGGAGUUUCCUUGAUGUACCUUGUGCAGUCUUUCAUCUAGUCAUUAAACACAAAGUGAGUACUGCAUUGCUACUAUGAUUUGCUGCCUAUGGAUGCUACAAUGUGUAACUCAUCUCUUUAGCCACUGCUAAUUGUGAAAUAAAGACCCUCAUACCUGCAGUGCUCAUGUGGGCUGUGAAAGAAUGAGUAUCUGAGAUUCUGUGCUCUCUCACAGGUGAUUGGCUAUUUUUAGCUAUGCAUGCUGGAUUGUCUUUUGCUUUACUGGGGAGGACGGUAGUGGAGGCACUACUAGCUGGGCAGCUUUUCAAAGGCUGAGCCUGUUUUUGCAUAGCCUUAGCCCAAUGUUGUCUGAUACUUGAAUACUACCUGAAGUAGUUUUCCAAACAUGCCUUGACAGUCACAUUUGUAAGAGGCUGUAGGCACUCAGACUGGGGUGGGUUGGCUCAUAAGUCAUUCAGAACAUCUCUGGCAGAGUGAGAAGUCUCCAGGUCCCUGUUCAGGAUCUUCUCAGGAGGCUACCACUUGCCUACAUGGCUCUGUUUCCCUUGGAUGUCUUUUACAAUCUUCUCAUACACCUUUUUGUGAAUAGGUGUGUGUAAAUGCUCCCAAGUUUCACUUGGUUCUGAAUAGCCUCGAGGAACAGUGAAAGGGACAGCUGCUCUGACAGGAAGGAUGAUGAAGAGCAUGGGCAGCCAGCUUCCUCUCUCACAUCUGCUGCUCUAGAGCUAGCAGGGGCAGAGGCAAUGUGAUGGAAGAAGUAAAAAUUCCCAGGUAUGAGAUUCCAAUCAGUGCCUAAGAUGGGCCUCAAGAGACCUGGUUUUUCUAAUGAAAGUUUGGUAAGGGAUUGGCCAGGAGAGCUGUUCCAAAUAUAUAGCUGUUGGGGUUAACAAAAAGCCCCACACAGAAGCACUAGUAUUGGCAGGAGCAUAUCAUACUGCGGCCCAGUACAGCCAAGCUCCUGUGGCAAGGGAAGGUCAAGAAAGGUAGUGAAAGGGAUAGACAGCAGUGCUGGGAAGGGAAAACAGAGACCUUGCUGAUUUGACAGGAGAGAAGCAGGGAGAAGAGGAGGGGAAAAGGAGCCGACAGUGUGCACUCCCUGGUGCUCUCAGGGCUGGUUCGAGGGCAGACCUGUCUGAGAGUCCCUCUGCUUUGUGCAGUAAAGGUACCUCAUUUGCUCUGCAGGGGCCCAGGGCAGAGCCCCUCAGCUGGUCUGGGAGCUAUUUCCUGCCAAGCAGACCUGUGUUCUGCUCACCCUGAGCAGCUCGAACACUACUUUGUCUUGCAGUGGGCAUAUGUGUUGGAUGUUGGGUCUUUCUUCCUUCCUUCCUGCCUUCAUUCGUUCCUGCCUGCCGUCUGGCCUUCCUGCUUUCCUGUGUUCUUUCCUGCUGUUCCAGAGGCUCCUCAGACACUGACCAGGAUCCCCAGGGAAUAGUCAAAGUCCUGAGGCUGCCACAGCUCCAGGAGCCUUUGCACACUGCUCCCAGGGAUGCACAGGCUAGGGUUCUUGGGCUGUUCUGUGCAGGGCCAGGGGCUGGACUCGAUGAUUCUGCUGGGUCUCCGUCACCGCUCAGCCCCUUCUGCAAUUCUCACCCUUUGGCUCAGCCUUUGUGUCCCCAGGACACACUGACAGAGUUGAUGGGGAUGGGACAGGAGCAGGGAAGCCCUAGUGGGCAAGCCCCAUCGUUCCCCUCUCUGUGACAGCAGGGUAGUGGCAUUCCCAGCUUUCCACUCUCUGUGACACCAGAGUGGUGGCAGCACCAGUGUUCCAAACUCUGUGACACCAGAGUGGUGGCAGCACCAGUGUUCCCAUCUCUGUUGUCGGAGUCUAGAACAUCCCUCUGGCCAUCCUGGAGGGUUUGGAGACCAGACAGGGGGGUCUAGGAUCUGUACAAGGGGGUCAACCAGCCUCGCACAGAGCCCAGGAGGACACUGCCUCUGAUCCCUGGCCAUGGGAGUGAAUGCCCACAUAGUAUGAAGAAUCACAAGCUGAGAGAAUUCAAAAUAAGUAGUAGUUAGUUUAUCACAGGGUGUAAAUGUAGGAUGUUUAGUAUAUGGGUUUGAAGAGGCAAGAUGGAGGAAUUGGGGAGUAGUCCUGUCCUCCUUUUCCCCCAUUUUCUGCUGAGUUGUAUUACAAGGAUUGGUUUAGAGUAGAAAUGACAUAUUAACAUAGGUAGUAAGUAUUGGUAAGAUUCUGUAAAUAAAAAGUACGCUGUGGACGGUGGUUGGGUCAGAGAAAUGGUACAAAAGGUCCGGGACUCUCUGAUCUGCCCAGUCUGCCGCGUGUCCUGCUCUGCUGGGGAUGUCUUGUAGACCUGAGAAAGAACUAAGAUAAUGUACCCUGCCAGGGAGGCCUGGCAGAGCUGAGAAAGAAUUGAGAGAUAAUGAAGAAUAAACAACUGUUGGGGGUUAGAUCUGGUUUUUUUUUCUUCUCACAGAAUUUUUUCCCAUAAGUUUCCAAGAAGCCUUGAUGACUACUUAGUCAGAACAAAAAGGAGUACUUGAGGGAUAUGGCAGCACGAGGCUACACCUAUUGUUUUUGAGUCCCUGGGAGUGUCCCUCAGAGAGGAGAGAUGAUGAGCUUUGGGAAAGGCAAAAAGACAGAUCUGGGGGAGGGGGAGGCACUCUUGCUCUCAGCGCCGAGGACGGUCAGGCUGCCCUCUGCCUCUGUCUCGUCCUGGGAAAUCUACAGUCAUCUGUUCGUGUAUCCGGGAAUCCUGAGCUCGCUUUCUCCAGCCUCUCCCCCCACCGCCGCUGCUUCUUCAGAGCUUUGAGGUUCCCCUGCUACUCUGUAGCCCUGCACUGCCCAGCCCUGCCGGGACACCCCUGCUGCUCCAGCUGCCAGCGCAGAGCUCCUCAUCUCUUCCACCAGUCCGGGACUUUCCUUCCUUCCAGUUCGGCCUCUCGGAGCCCUGCAGGGGCGCCAAGAUGAAACUGCUCUGGGCUUUUGUAAAAGAAAGCCCUCAAGGUUCUUGGUUCUGUUUAUUAUUGAUGCUAUAGUUGUUGUUUGUUUGUCGUUUUGUCAUAUAUACUAGUAAAGAACUGUUAUUCCUACCCCCAUA